AUGGGCUUCAAAUUCCUCUCACGUAGCAGCAUGCGGGGCGAAAAAGCCACCCUAGGAACUUCUCUCGGUGCUUCGCUGACACCCACCCUUGUCUUGCGCAUUGUCCUACGAUUUUUUCAGUUCGUCAUGGGCCUCACCGUCAUCGGUCUCUACGCUGUCGACCUAGACAACGCGCGCAAGCAAGGAAAAUAUGUCGACUCGAAAUGGGUAUGGGCCGUCGUUUGCGGUACACUUGGCGCCGUCAGCUCUCUGGCUCUCAUACUGCUCAAGUCCUGGUUUUUCUUCGGCCUCGACGCGCUCGUCUUUCUGUGUUAUCUUGUGGCCUUUGGCAUCUUCGGCAAGAUGUUCAUUAGCGAGAACCCAGAGGGUAACAAGGGCAUAACCAGGAUGAAGAACGCUGUUUGGGUGCUGUUGACUAACAUGUUGCUCUGGCUGAUUUCGGCAAUUGUGGGAGGUUUCAUGUUCUGGAAGACGAGGAAGGCAAGGACUACACACACUGGGCGUGCUAACCAGCACGUCUAA